GGCCUUAGUGUCACAAAAGGUUUUCUGAAAAGGGAGACCAAAAUAACUAAACAUUCACAAAGGUUUCCAAACUUUGAGAAACCGAAAAAAAAAAUGGUGAGAGCUCCGUGUUGUGAGAAGAUGGGGUUGAAGAAAGGUCCUUGGACCCCAGAAGAAGAUCAAGUACUGAUCAAUUACAUUCAACUCUAUGGCCAUGGAAAUUGGCGAGCACUUCCCAAACAAGCUGGUUUAUUAAGGUGUGGAAAGAGUUGCAGACUUCGGUGGACAAACUACUUAAGACCAGACAUUAAAAGAGGAAAUUUCAGCAGAGAAGAAGAGGAUACCAUCAUCAAGUUACACGAAAUGCUAGGAAAUAGAUGGUCAGCAAUCGCAGCUAGAUUACCGGGACGCACAGACAAUGAAAUAAAAAAUGUAUGGCACACCCACUUGAAGAAGAGAUUGAAACAAAACCAAGCCAACCCAGAAACAAAACGAAGCUUCAACAAUAAUAUAUCCAAAUAUUAUCACGACGCUCUGCGUGAAUUAGAAUUAGAACCCGUGAAUUUUUCAAGUCAUGCAAAAUCUGAGAGCCUUGAAUAUAGAGCAGUUUCUCCACAAGAGUGUUCAAGUGACAUGUCCACAGUGACCAUUAGUGACAAUAAUAAUGAGAACAAAGUGUGUCUAAAGGUCGAAUCGCCGAGAAAUUUCCCGGAAAUAGAUGAGAACUUUUGGUCAGAAUUGUCGACGGAAAAUUCAGAAGUGGUAAUGAGUGAGUUUUCAGCAGUUGAUGGUGAUGCACAACUUCAAUUUCAAUUUUCUCCACUAAUGACUAUGGAACCCAUCCAUGGCUAUGGUUCAAAUAUGCAUGAUAGCAUGGAUUAUUUUUGGUUCAACCUUUUCAAUAGGGCUGGAGAGUUGCCAGAAUUACCAGACGUUUGACCAAAAAAAUUUAUUGUAAUUUUUUUUUUUUCCUUUUUGUAUUUCAUGUGGGAAAUGAAAAUGAAUUAUUGCUGUUCAA